AAGUUGUUCUAACUGAUGCUCUCGGGUUGUGACGCUAUAUAAUGAUUUGUAAGAGUUUUAACGUUGUUUAUUGUAGACGGAGCAGAGAUGCUAAUGUUUACUAUGUGAUCCGUGCUGAGGACGGAGCAGUAGAAGACUCCAGUGUUUAGUUCAUAAAAGAAUAGCGACAUCACAAACUGCUGGAUGUGGUUUGAAAAGCUGAAACUAAACUACAAAGAGCAGAUACAGGCCGGGGGACAACUGAGGAGGAUGGACCUCAUACGGAACUUUAGUUUGAAAAUCAAAGAGGAAGUUGUUUUAAAGGAGGAGGAGGAGGAGGACUGUCUGAUUCAUCAAGCUUUACCUUCAGAUGUCCAGAGAGUUAUUGUGGGUGAAGAACAGCAGCAGGAGAGAAGCUCCAGACUGGACCAGGAACAGGACCAAGACCGGGAGGAUCCAGAGCCCCCACACAUUAAAGAGGAACAGGAGGAACCUCAGACCAGUCAGGAGGGAGAGCAGCUUCAGGGGCUGGAGGAGGCUGAUAUCACCAAGUUCACAUUCACUCCUGUCCCUGUGAAGAGUGAAGAAGAUGAAGAGAAACCUCAGUCCUCACAGCUUCAUCAAACACAAACUGAACACAUGGAAACAGAAGCUGAUGGAGAGGACUGUGGAGGACCAGAACCAGACAGGAACUCUGAUCCAGAUCCACAUUUACAACCUGACACUGACGAAGACACUGGAGACUCUUCUGAGCCUGAGACUGAUGUCGAUGAUGAUAUGAAGGAGACCAGAGAACCUCAGUCAGGUUUAAACUUUUUGAAAGACGAUGAAGUUCCUGUCAAUGAUUCGAGACAGAGUGCUGAUGAGAAACCUUUUAGUUGCUCUGUGUGUGGGAAAAGAUUUGGUCGCAAGACAGACUUGAAGAGACACAUGAUAACUCAUUCAGGACUGAAACCUUUCAGCUGCUCAGUCUGUAAGAAAUCUUUUACACAAAGCGGUUGUUUACACAGACACAUGAACGUCCACACAGGAGUGAAACCAUUCAGUUGUUCAGUUUGUAAGACAUCUUUUGGGCAGAGUAGCCAUUUACAGUUACAUAUGAGAAUCCACACAGGAGAGAAACUUUUCAGCUGCUCUGAGUGUGGGAAAAGAUUUCGCCGCAAGACUGAUCUGAAGAAACACACGAGUACUCAUACAGGAGAGAAACCUUACAGCUGCUCAGUCUGUACACAGACUUUCACACAGAGUGGAAGUUUACGGACACACAUGAGAAUCCACACUGGAGAAAAACCAUUCAGGUGCUCAUUUUGUGUUAAAGGAUUUCAUGACAAGUCCAACUUAGUUAAACACAUGAGAAUUCACACGGGAGAGAAACCAUACAGCUGCAGCGUUUGUAACAAAAGAUUCACUUGGUAUAAACUGCUCAGAAAUCAUAAAUGUGUUGGUGAUCAGUCCUCACAGCUUCAUCAGAGUCAAACUGAGGAGAACAGAGAGACAGAGCAUCCAGGCAGCAGCUCAGCUGAACAGAUGGAAAGAGAAGCUGAUGGAGAGGACUAUGGAGGACCAGAACCCGACAGAGACUUAAUUUUUCCAGAUCCAAAUGUACAUUUACAAUCGGAUAAUGAAGACCAGACUGGAGGCUCCUUCAAACCUGAGACUGAUGACGGUGGUGAUUGGAGGGAGACCAGAGAACCUCAAGCAGGUUUAAACUCUCUGAAUAAUGACAAAGUCCCUGUCACUGAUUUCAGAUGUAGUCCUGGUGGUAAACCAUUUGUUUGCGCUGAGUGUGGGCAAAUAUUUAGUCGGAAAAACGAGCUGAAGAGACACAUAAUAAUUCAUACAAGAGAGAAACCUUUCAGCUGCUCAGUCUGUCAUAAGUCUUUUACUCAGAGUGGAUGUUUACAGAGACACAUAAAUAUCCAUACAGGUAAGAAACCAUUCAGCUGUCCAGUUUGUAAUCAAUCAUUUGUGCAAAGUGGGUAUUUACAGUUGCAUAUGAGAAGCCACACAGGAGAGAAACCUUUUAUCUGCUCUGAGUGUGGUAAAAAGUUUUGUCGCAAGACGCAUUUAAAGAGACACACAAGCUCUCAUACAGGAGAGAAACCUUAUAGCUGCUCUGUGUGCGUGAAAAAAUUUAGCCGCAAGACAGAUCUGAACAGGCAUAUGAGCUCUCAUGCAAGAGAAAAACCAUUCAGCUGCUCAGUUUGCAAACAGACCUUUACACAGAGUGGAAGUUUACAGACGCACAUAAGAAUCCACACAGGAGAGAAACCAUUCAGCUGCUCAUUUUGUGGUAAAAGAUUCCAUGAUAAGUCCAACUUGGUCCAACAUGUAAGAAUUCACACCGGAGAGAAACCAUACAGCUGCACUGUUUGUCACAAAAGAUUCACUUGGUAUAAACUGCUCAGAAACCAUCAAUGUGUUGGUCGACAGUCCUCACAGCUUCAUCAGAGUAAAACUGAACAGAUGGAAACAGAAGCUGAUGGAGAGGACUGUGGAGGACCAGAACCAGGCAGGAACUCUGAUCCAGAUCUACGUAUAACGCCUGACAUUUCUGAUAAGACUCGACCGUCUUCUGAACCUGAGACUGAUGACAGUGCUGAUUGGAAGGAGACCAGAGAACCUCAGUCAGGUUCAAACUCUCUGAAAAAUGAAAAUGGCCUUUCAAGUGAUUCAAGAUUUGAUACUGUUGACAAACCAUUUAGCUGCUCUGAGUGUGGGAAAAACUUUGGCCGCAAUGGAAGUCUGAAAAUACAUAUGAUAACUCACACAGGAGAGAAACCAUUCAGCUGCUCGGUUUGUAACAAAACUUUUACUCAGAGUGGGAGUUUGCAGAGACACAUGAGCAUCCAUACAGGAGAGAAACCUUUCAAAUGCUCAGUGUGUGGGAAAAGAUUUAGAGAGAAAGUAAAAAUGACACAACACAUGGUGAUCCACACCAGGGAGAAACCAUCAAGUUGCUCAGAGUGUGGGAAAAUAUUUGUCAACAGUGAUCUUCUAAAGAGACACAUGAUCAUCCACACGGGACAGAAACGUUUCAGCUGCAGUGUUUGUGACAAAAUGUUCAACUGGCCUCAUCAGCUCAAUACCCACAAAUGUGUUGGUGGUCAGUCCUCACAGCUUCAACAAACUCGCAGCAGCUCAACUGAACAGACGGAAACAGAAGCUGAUGGAGAGGACUGUGGAGGACCAGAACCAGACAGGAACUCUGAUCCAGAUCCACAUUUAGAAGCUGGAGACUCCUUUGUAGCUGAGAUUGAAGUUAGUGUUGAUGAUUGGGAGGAGACAAGAGAACCUCAGUCAGGUUUAAACAUACAAGUUGUAUGACACGUUGGAACAAUGAGCAACUAGAAGAACCAUUGACGUGAUGAGAGGACUGUGGAGGACCAGAACCAGAAAGGAACUCAGAUCCAGAUACACAUUUACAAUCAGAUAUUGAUAAGUUUGGUUUGUACCAAAAGCAUUUCCUUCAAGUGGUUAUUAAUAAAUGAUUGUGUGUGUAGGUGUAUUUUUACAUAUAUAAAAUGGAAUUAUUAGUUUAUUUUCUCAUGUGUGUUUUAACUCGUUUGUUUAUGAACUUUAUCCAGUUUUAUGUGUCUUCACUUUGUUCUGAUGGUUGUAAAUGUCCUUUUUAUACUGGACUGCUUAUUAAAAAGUUAUUAUUAUGAUAAUGUAUUUUUGCUAUGAAAUGUCAGACUUUGAUUGGUUAUUGUGAAAACUUUGAUAAUAUUUGCUUUUAUAUUUUGAGAACAUUUAAUAUUAUGAAACAAACAUUUAAGUCAUGAAUACAAAUCAACAUCUCAACUUUAUUCACAGGAUUCAUCUGUUUUUUACUGAAUCCUUUUAUGUUUUUUGAAUAGUUAUUGAUGGUUUGGAUGUUAAACUUUAUGAUUGUUGACUCUUCUGUAAACAUUUUUCAGAAUCAUAGAACACAAACAAUUUGAAAAGUUUUGUAAAAAGACUGACUGAGCACAUUGAGUGGAUGCUGAUGAGACAGAUGUUGACCUGUUCAGGUUCUUGUGUUCCUUUUCUGAGAGCUUUGUGGCUUUCAAGGUGUGGGGCCAGGUUAAGAGUUUUUUAAUAAAUUAACUGUAUGUCAGAGAAAAUUUGACAUUUUCUAAAUUAUCUUUUUAUGGUGAGGUUAGUAGAGGAGCUUCAGGCAGGUUUUGCUAAAGCUUUAAAGUUUGUUGGAGAUCUUUUUGAUGUGUUUUUAAAAGUUAAUGUUACAUCGAACCUCUGGAACGCAUGUUUCCAUUAAAAGAUUGUCAAUCUUUCUUCUUGUUAAAGUUUCUGGUAAAAAAAAAAAGGGACCUAAACUUGUGUGAAAUGUUGAUAUUUGUGUCAGAAUCUCUUUAUGCUACAUGUGUCAUUUAAAAUAAAGCGUUUGCACUAACCAGA